AUGGUGAUGGACAGCCAGCCAACAUCAGCACGGUCACCCAUGGUGAUGGACAGCCAGCCAACAUCAGCACGGUCCCCCAUGGUGAUGGACAACCAGCAAGCGCUAGCACGGGCUGUCGUGGUGAUGGACAGCGAGGAGCUGUCGUGGUUCAUGUCAGCAUACGCCAUGGGGGCGCUGGUAGGGGGACUGGGGGGCGGCACCCUCAUGGACGCCGCGGGACGGAGAGGGGCGUUGCUGGCUUCCGCAGUGCCGUCCCUGGUGGGCUGGCUCUUGACAGGUCUAGGGACCAACGUACCCAUGCUGGCGCUGGGCAGGGGAAUGACAGGAUUGUUUAUCGGCUUGAGCUCAGCGGCUGGCUGCGCCUACAUUGGUGAAAUUGCUUCCAGAGACAUCAGAGGAAGGCUUGGAAGUUUCUACGAACUCGCCCUGGCCAUGGGUAUCUUGCUGAGCAUUUUGGUGGGGGCGUUCACGACGUGGCAGCGUUUGGCGCUGAUCUGCACCUGCCCGACUCUGCUGUACGCCGUACUCAUCUACUGCUGCAAGGAGUCGCCGGCUUACCUUCUCUUGAAGGGCAGAGAGACUGAAGCUAGAGCGGCUCUGCAGCAUUUCAGAGGUCCUGUUGUAAAUUUGUUACUUUUUUGUCAAGUCCAUAGUUCAUAA